AUGAAAUGGAUAUGCAACACCCAAAAUUCUUCCAGUUACUCUUGGACAAAACCCCCGGACCUCCAUAGUAAGAUGGCAACUGUCACCUCCGACUCGCGAUUUCUCUCAUUGCUCGGCAAGAACAUUAUGCUGAACGUGGUAAAUCUGCUGGUGGCGAGCAUGAUCUAUGGUGUCUACGUGAUUUUGUUUUGCAUGGCAAUGGUUAUUCUAUGCCGAAGAGAAGGCAACCAUAAAGCAAGAGCAGGGCUACUGUCGGCCGUGAUGGCAAUGUUCAUCAUGUCGAGUUUUUGUUUCUGGAUUGACACGGCUAUUUUCAUGGCUGGUGUCCGGGAUGACUUGGUUGAUGACGUUGGGCAGCCUCUCACCACAAAGCAUGCAGUUUACGCCCAAAAAUUCCGGAUUCUAAGCUCAGUGGCAGAAGUCAUUAUUCCCCUCGAGAUUAUAAUUGGUGAUGCGAUUGUCUUCUGGAGAGCUUGGGUUCUCUGUGAUGUCAAUCGAAAGCUUGUGUAUAUCCCACUGUUACUUCUGGCCGGAACAACAGCAUGCUCGUUCGCGUUUUUAGGAUGCUUUGUACAGAACGAUUGGCCCAUCGUCAACCCGGAUACAUGCAAUCUGCUUAAAAUAUCCGCCCUAAGUCUCUCGAUGGCCACAAACAUGGCUGGGACGCUUGUCAUCGGCUAUACACUCUGGUCCUAUCGCCAAGCCCUUGCGAAAUAUCUCGGGAACUGUCGAUCUCAAACGCAGACUGAAAAAGUCCUUAUUCUACUUCUGGAGUCUGGCAUUAUCUAUUCGAUCCUCUGGAUUAUGCAACUUGUCUUGGUACUUGUGCCUCCUCCUCCAACAUUUACUGGUGAAGUAGUCCAACAAAUUUUCGUCGCGGCCAGUGUCCAGCUAGUUGGCGUAUAUCCUACCUUGAUGAUAGUGCUCGUUUAUUUGCAGCGUUCUUUGUGGGACUCAUCUGGAAGAUCUACUACUACGUCUUCUACUAUGUCGCGCACGAGCGCACCCAACUCUGAUGACCUCCGUAAAUAG